GCGCCCUGCUGUUCCCGGCGGUGAGUUUAAAGAGUCUCGAUUGGAGGGCUGCAGUGAAAACAGCCAGCGUCCUUAUGUGAAACGCUCUCUAUACACAGUUAGGUCUGAACCAGAGGAGAUGGCGAAACACAGCAUGCCACUGCAGGACCUGCCCUGCCUGGGUCCUCAGGGCUCCAUGUUGUCCCACAGGAUGAAUAAACGUAAAUCCAGAGACUGCCUCAGUGAGGGCCUGGACACUGAGUGCACCCCAACAGAGCUCAUUCAGCAGUGGUCACCCCGCCACAAGCACCAACGGCUCAUCGGCAAGGGCAAAGAGAAUGGCAGCAACCAGUUUGUCCUGGCCAGGAGAUCUAGGAGGAAAAAAGAAUCCCUGUCAUCAGGCAUUUCAUGGGACCACCUACCUGAUGAGCUGCUUCUCAGGAUCCUCUUCUAUAUCCCUCUGCAGGACCUCCUCAGGAUGUCUGUGGUGUGCAAGCGCUGGCAUCGCUUAGCGUUUGAUGAGUCUCUGUGGCACAGCGUAGAUCUGGAGGGUUUGACCCACAUGGGUCCAGCCCUGCAGCAGGUGCUGAAGUACGGAGUCCGCAUGCUGCGCUGUCCUCGCUCCUUCGUGGAAGAGAUGCACUUCAUGGGCACAGGCCCUCUGCAGAUAGCUCUAAUGGAUCUGUCCAGCUCCAUUAUCCCCACCUCAGCUCUGGAGAGCAUCAUCCGUCGCUGCAGGCUGCUGGAGUAUCUGAGUCUGGAGGGUCUGCAGCUCUCAGAUACCAUCAUCAGCUCUCUGUCCCAGAACCCAAACCUGCUGCAGCUCAACCUGUGCGGCUGCUCCGGCUUCUCUGCUCCCGCUCUGGCUGACAUGCUCAAAUCCUGCACAAGAAUAAAGCAGUUGAACAUAUCAUGGUGUGACUUCAACAAUGAUCAUGUGAAGAGUGUUGUUAAUAAUGUGAGCUCCGCUGUUACUCGCCUCAACUUCAGCGGAUACAGAGAGAACCUCACGCUAGACGAUGUGAAGGUGCUGGUGACGAGAUGCCCUCAUAUUACAACGCUAGAUUUAAGUGACAGCACUCUACUGAUGGCCGACAGCUUCCCCGUCCUCAGUCAGCUGAAGGAUCUAGUGCAUCUGUCCCUGAGUCGCUGCUACCACAUCCACCUCGCUGCUCUCACUGACCUGGGGCAGACGUUCCCCCUGCUGAGCGUGCUGGACGUGUUUGGCAUAGUAAACGGCAGCCACCUAUCCUCUCUGAAGAAGGAGAUGCCUCGCAUCAGCAUCAACCACAUGCCUUUCUCCAACAUUGCCCGGCCCACGCCUGACACCAGGCCCGUCAGCUGCCUCAUGUGGAACAGGAAGUGUCGGCUGAGGUUCAGACUGUAACCACCACGCCUCCGUCGUGUUCUUAAGCUGAGUAAGUUUAUGUUAUGGAGUGUUUGAUCCUGCAGUAUUCCAACAUGGUCCAGCCCUUUGUGCAGUGAUGCCACCAUCUUUCAGUGUUUGUUGCUGCUACUCAUGUUUUUAGUGUUGCCUGGCAUUAAUGGUACUAAAGGUCAAAUACUGGACCAAGCCUUUAAGUACUGAACAUGCAAGCUUGUAGAGAAUUGUAAUACUUUAUUUAGGAAAGUCAAAUUUGAAUGUGUAAUCCCGUUCUUGUUGGAAUAUGUUCACACAGAUGUUGAAUGAGUUUUUGAAUCUGUUUGAGGUUCUAAUAAUGUGUUAUUUAAAAUAUCUUGUAAGGGAAACAUGGUUUUAAAGACUCAAUUGAAAUGCUGACCUCUAUUAGAUGUCUGUAAGUAUUUGGAUAUUUGGGAGUUGAUUCUUCAGACAUCUGAAUAAUGCUGAUGUCACAAGUGUCUUGUUCUCUGCUGUAAUAAUGAGAGAACAGGUGAUUUUAAUGAUUGAAGAUGUUUUAAUGUGAAAUGAUGUAUCUGGAUAUUGAAUUUCCAAGUAGUCAAUAUUCAUGUUGAACAGAUGUAUAUUUGUAUGCAGGCCUUCACUAUGUCGCUGUUUUCUACUGUAAUAACGUCACCAGGCUGUUGUCUUCUCUCCAGCUGGACAGUAGUUUCUUUGAUGAUAAGCUCAUUAUGUCACAGUACAUGUGUCAUUGUAGAUGUGCUGUAUGUCCAGUGCUCUUUUAUUACCAUUUCAUUCAAAUGUCAUACAGACUGAACUUUAAUGGAACAUGAGUUUUAACUUGUGAACUGUUUUAUUUUCCUUUCUGAGUCUUAACAAGUAAACCACUGAAUA